UUUAAUGUGAGCGGUGAAAAUCUUUCAAAUAUGGUCAAUUUAUGUAGUUUGCUGCUGAAAUACAACAACUUCAGCCAAGUAGAGGACGAUAUCUUUGUGUACAUCGAUCGAAUAUUGGAAAAUGCUUUUGAGAUUCACAAAAGACAAACAGAAGCAAAAAAGGAAUUAGCAUGUAUGGAGGAAGAAAUAGCACAAAAACAGAAACGUUUACCCACAUCCAAUGCGCUCGAUUUAAGAUCACCGAUAAAGAAACGCAAAGUACAUUCGCUGGAUUCAUCACUAUCGGCGUGUAAAGAGAAUGUUUCGAUGCUGGAAGAUUCGACCAUUUUUCCACACAAAUCAGAUUCUGACGUAUCGUCAAAGCUCGAGCAGAAUAUAUUAGAUUCGGAUGAGCCCUUCUUCGCCCUUACUCAAACGCCUCCUUCACCGGCCGUACCUCCAUUGAGAGAAAUUGUUUCUCCUCGAAAUGAAUCGUGUUCCAAAACUGCUAUACGUGCAGCAAAGCUUUUGUUUGCAGAGGAAAUUAAAUCUCCAAAGCAGAUCAUUCGCGAGAGCCGAUUUGGCAAGCAUUUCAAGGAUUUGAAAGUAUCUCCCGUUGCGACAGAGGACAAACCUGUCGCCCCUGCAACAACAAGCGUGACUCCUAAUGGUAAAUGGACGGGAAAGAAGUGUAAGGAGAAGAUGAAUUCACCCAACGCAGAAGUAACUCCGGUCGGACUUAAACGGUUCCAUUCCCUGGCGGACAGUAGCUCUCGUUUUCAUCAAGCCAAGCUUAAUUUUGUACGUCAACCCAAGCAUUCGCCAGGAAACUCGGAAUUGGAACAUGCGGGAGAUGAUACGCUGUUUAGUGAUUUUGUUAUACCAACACCACCGUCGGUAGCGAGUAAAUCGAAGUUUUUGAAAAGCUUACGAAUGAAAAAGCAAUCCCCGAUGCUUUUGAAAGGACAAAGCGAUACAGCGGGGACUAAAGAAAGGUGCUCUGGUGCGGCCGUAUCAUCGACGAAUGCUGGUGAACAAUCUGGCACCGUUCCUGCUUCUGUACUCCAGAAUGAUGAAGGCUUAGAUGACAUCAACCAAACGUAUUGUCCUGGAGUGGAAUCAAUCAAUCGAAUUACAACAGAUGUGUCAGUAAAGAUAAAGCAGGAACCCGCAUCACAGCGAGAAAAACGCCAACAGUUAAAUUUUCCCACGACCAAACAGUCGGAUUGUGUUACGAAUCUGCAGCAAAUAGAUAAUAGAGAUUCUGAAACGGAUGAAGUUAUACUGUUACCGUCUGCUUGUCUGCAGUCCGUUGUCAGUGUCGUUGAUUCACCAAACGACCAUGACAACUUUGUGUUCGAAUUGAACAACGAAAAAACUAAGCGCGAGUACGAUUUGGGGUGUUUAGCAAAUGACCAUGGAUGGAGCAACAACCUGCAACGAAAUCAUAGCGAGUUCGGAGGACCAUCCGGAGCAAUCAACCCGUUCAAUCGUAGCUUUGGUCAUCUGAGAGAAGGUUUGUGCAAUGAUUGUAUGAAACUAUAUAAAUUUCAUGCGGCGCGUGGUGUAUCGAACGACGCAGCACGUUCGAAAUUGCCACGUAAUUGUCGUACCUGCCGAUUGGCUCAACUUCACAGCACGCCACCCGGGUUUUGGGAUCCUGAUUUUCUGCCUACACCCGAGUAG